CCCUGCGGAAACCGGGGUACUCCAACACCCAUUUCCAUCCAUCACCGGUUGCUUGUCCUGGACUGGCGCUGCGAGCGAAUGGAUGCUCUUCGGAGUUGCGCUUGCCCAAAAUCUGCAUAGGUGGGCACCUGCCCUGCUGCACCUGGCACCUGGCUUCCGGCAUCCUGCCCCCGGCACCUUGCACCUUCCCCCCCUGCACCCUGCACUUGCAUUUGCGCUUGUACAUACUUGCACCUGCACUGGUAGUGGCACCUGCUUGAGUCGUAGGUUCGGCUCAACGCAAAGCAAGCAGGACAAGGACAAGACUUAGACCGCACUCGUCUUUCGAGUCUCGAGUCUUUCUUUUAACCCUUCAACAUCUUCAACUCGUGCGUCUUCCGCAGUCUCCCCGCCACUCACUCGUUUAUCGGCCCCUCUGUCCCGUCAAUUGCCACGGGCAGGGCGAUGCUUUGUCCGCGGUGAAGGCCUUUCCCUUCCUCUAUCGACGUCGUCCUAUUUCUCGGAUUCCAAUAGUUCACAUAUGAGCUUGCCGCUCUUUGACACCGAACGACGCUCACAACUAUUCUAGUCCGCCAUCAUGGCUGCCACCGACGACACCGCGAUCAUUCCCCUCCGCGGUGCAGGCCGUGAUGAUAUACCUUUAGCCGAUUAUAUCUUGCGCAAAACGCAAUACCUCUACGCCCUCAUCCUACUUACAGCAUUCAUAUCCUGCGCCGCUUGGUACAGCGUCGUGAACUCCAAGAAGCAAGAAGACCUGGUCCAGCCUACAGUCAAAGGACCCGGAGGCAAGCCAUUGCCCAUAACCAAGAGGAAGCGAGCCCGAGGCGAUGGUGACCGCAAGAUCGGCCCGGGUUUUGGCCGUACCGCAAAAAAUGUUUUUCGUUACCUCACCUUUGUUGUCUUCAUGACCUAUGUGGGCAGCGCCGGAUUCAUGUUCUAUCAUGCUUUCUGGUACGAAGACCCUUACCAAUGGUCCAACGAGGGGUUGCCAUGGGCUGGCGAAUGGAGUGUUGUCCACGUUACCGGAUCCCUUUUCUUCUAUCUUUAUAUCCUCAUCUCGCUUUUUGAUUGGCGCAAGGGUCCUAAUAUUGUUCACUUCAUUAUCUGGAUUUUGGGCUUCAUUGGCGAGAUCAUCAUGUUUUCUACAACUGCAGUCGCGGCUUCCGAUUGCCACUUCUUCCGUUCUGUUAAAAACAACGGCUCAGACAAGGAAGGAAACUGUGUAGAUUACUGGACGAAGAUCGACCUCGUCCUCUACUUCGUUCGAAUACUCCAUCUACUUGCCUUGAUCGGAGUCUUUAGCUCGGCGUGGAUUCGCAAAGCUCGCGACACUGACGAGAAGAAAGCCGAGGAAGCCAACCCAGCCGAGUCAACACCACUACUGAACGGAAACCGCCGGUCGUAUGAUACUAAUGGUCAGGCGGUCAAUGGCCAGAUUCCUAAUGGUCGUGAUACCAAUGGUCGCCGUGGUCGCGGUAGAACGAUGUCAAAUGCACACAAGACACCGAGCUUCCCUAAAAAGGAAGAACCCGCUGCCUUUUAUCGACCCGAGAAACUACCACACAAGACGUGGUGGGAGUAUCUUAAGGGGUACUCGCUUUUCUUCCCUUACCUCUGGCCCAAGGACUCUGUCAGACUUCAGAUAAACGUUCUCAUCUGUUUCAUCUUGGUGAUGCUACAGCGUUUGGUCAACGUAGCUGUUCCGAUGGCAGUCAAACAAGUGGUAGAUGAUCUCGAGGAGGUGAUCAAAGAUGUUCAAAAUGGCGAACGCCUUUCAAUGGACAACUUCCCAUUGAAAGACUUUGUGAUCCUGGGAGUCUUGUGGAUCCUUCAAGGCCAAUCGGGACUCCUGGGAUCGUUGAGAUCAAUUCUUUGGAUUCCCGUCUCGCAAUAUUCGUAUCGGGGACUAACGACAGCGGCUUUCAACCACGUUCACUCCCUGAGUCUCGAUUUCCACCUCUCUAAGCGCACUGGGGAGGUCCUAUCAGCACUCAACAAAGGCUCUUCCAUUAACCAAUUUCUCGAGCAAGUAACCUUCCAGGUUUUUCCAAUGCUUUUCGAUCUUUUCCUCGCAAUCUCGGUUUUCUAUUAUUAUUACGGCCCACUGUAUGCUGAGAUCAACCUGGUUGAUACUUGUUGGUAUCUCUACAUGACGAUCAAGAUGGCUUCCACUCGAGCGGAUCAGCGUCGUGAAAUGACCAACGCCGACCGUGAAGAGGAAGCAGUAAAGAACGACUCAAUCUCUAGUUACGAAACAGUCAAAUACUUCAACGCCGAGGAUUUCGAGUCCAGACGAUACCAAGGCAAGGUUGCAGUGUUUCAAAAUGCUGAGGCCAAGGUUCAGAUGGGCAUGAUGAUGAUGAAUAUUUGCCAAACCGUUGUUUUCAAUCUCGGUAGGAUCAUCGCUGCCUUGGUCUGUGGCUGGCAAGUCGCCAUGGGUAUGCAUCGUCGCACCACUGGCGACUGGUUCAUGGUAGUCUCAUACUUGACACAACUACAGGGCCCCCUGAACUUUUUUGGUACUUUUUACCGGACCGUACAGCAGGCGAUGAUCUCGGGUGAGAGAUUACUUGAGCUUUUCAAGAUCCAGCCAACGGUAGUGGAUACGCCCCAUGCUGUCCCUCUGGACAAGGACUUCCAAGGUCAUGUGCGUUGGAACAAUGUUAGCUUCUCCUAUGACCGACGAAAACCCGCGCUACGCAACAUUUCCUUCGAAUGUCUGCCUGGCACCACCACAGCGUUUGUGGGCGAGUCAGGUGGAGGCAAGUCUACCUUGUUUCGCCACAUGUUCCGUUACUACGACUGCGAUGAAGGAUCGAUCGAGUUGGACGGGAAGAAUGUCAAGGAUCUGACCAUCAACUCAGUCAGAGAGAAGAUUGGCGUCGUUCCCCAGGACACAACGCUUUUCAAUGAGACCUUGAUGUACAACCUGAAGUAUGCAAGACCCUCCGCCACAGACGAAGAGGUUUAUGAAGCAUGCCGUGCUGCCAGCAUUCAUGAUCGUAUCCUAUCAUUUCCAGAUCAAUACAACACACAGGUCGGCGAGCGGGGUCUCCGUUUAAGCGGUGGCGAAAAGCAGCGAGUCGCCAUCGCACGAACAAUCCUCAAGGACCCUCGUAUCAUCAUGCUGGACGAGGCCACAUCAGCACUAGACUCCCAUACUGAGCAGGAGAUUCAAGAUAAUGUGUGGAACAUUGGGCAGGGUCGAACUUUGCUCAUCAUCGCACAUCGACUAUCUACGAUCACACAUGCCGAUCAAAUCAUUGUUCUUAACUCCGGAACAAUUGUCGAGAAGGGGACUCAUGAAGAACUCCUGGCCGCUAAGGGGCGAUAUGCCUCCAUGUGGGAGAAGCAAAUACGAGCCGAGCGAGCCCUGAACGUGGCUCGUGAAGCGCAACUGAAAGCUGCCAGGGCCCUUCGUAAGGCUAAAAUGGGACCAAAAAGGAAUUCAGACGGCGCUAUUGACAGUUAUAACGCCCUGGGUUCCUCAGGAAGCAUAUCCGGCUCAGGCUCACAAGGCCAUGAGGAUGAUACACACACUUCAUCUUCGUCAUGCUCAGACGCAGAGUCUAGCCACAGUGAGGAGCACUCGAUGGAGAGAAAGUAAGCCAUUGCUUCUCGUUUCAGCACCUCAGUGUCUCACCAAUAUACACAACCUUGCUGUCAAUCGCUGUGACAUCUUCACCAUCGGGGAUUGACUAACUUAAUUCACAUCACAACUCUUCCACGCUGCCAUUCUAUCUACUUGGCUUACGAAGCACCAUCUCCGCUUACGACGUUUCACCCAUAGGUUCGGCAUCAAGAUUACAUCGGAUCGGUGUUGAGGCGUUUUGCUUCUAGUGUUUAAUGUGUCGGAUCAUCGGAGUCCGACUAAUCGUUUCGAAACAGCCUGCAUCAAGGCACUCGAGUGAAUAUUCUUAACCUUAUCAUCAAGGCAAUAGGAAAGGGGGGUAAUGCAGUCAAAUGUUUGCGUUGCAACGUGCUAUACACAGCACAGUAAUUGUCAUGGCAGGGUACAUAUGCAGGCGUUUACGGAUAUCACGAUUUGCUUUUGAAAUGGGAUAUGGCUUAGGCCGAAUAUAGGGGGCAUAUGGAUUGAUCGGAAUUUCUCUUAUCUGCGACGACCGGCUCGACGCUCUCAACACAGCAUGCGACAUUGCACAUAUGGCAUCUUCAGAAGAUGAUGCAAAUGAGUGGUUGAGGGAUGCGAGGUCUUUAUACAGGAGACUUCUAGGUCUUUUAGACAAACAGACCGCUCAUGCGGGGGGAAACGGUUGUGAAUCGACUGGCCCUUUCAAGGAGGGGGCGGCGGGCGAUUGGUUGCUACUUGGAAUGAGGAGAAAAUAAUGACCUCUUGCUAUAUUACAUUCGAUGGUCCGCAGUCUCUGGAAGAGGAGGCAGGGACCAUGCUCGACACAAGAUAACAAGCUGAGUCGUGUCUGUUUCGGGGCCUAACAAAGCAUGUAAUGCAAGGUAUUUUACCCGAGUCAAGCAUAUUGAAGUAUGGACUAGCAUAGCAUAGCAUAGCAUACAUAGCAGGCGAGUAAUCGAAUGAAGUCUUUGUGUUCUAAA